UCAAUAUCGGUUUUUCUUUUAGUCUUUUAAAGAAGACAUAUUUAACAUAUAUCACACUACCAUUACACAUUACCAAAUAUCACACAGCCGUUUCGUCUCUUUCUGCGUGGAAGAAGAAGAAUCGCACGUCGAGAUUCGCCUUUUCACCAAUGCAUUGUCCUCACUUGCAAUCCCAUCGGUCGACUGUUCGAUCCUCCUUGUGAACACCCACGACAUGUACUGCGAUCUUCAGACAAUGGCUGGUCGCGAUACGUCUUCACCUUGCGACCUCGCGACAUCUUGGCGACACCUUCUUUUUCCCGGCGAAGCAACUUUUUGAACUACGCGCAUGCGGCGGGCAGCUCAGGGGAGAAAUGUUCUUUUACUUUACGAAAUUACUUUCUUCGUUGCAUCUUUAAUGUAAACGCGCACAUUUACAUGUACAACCAGCGCAUACGAGGCGUCCUCUAAUUUUCAAUUGCAGAAGCUGUCAUCGAGACUGAAAUUACUAUAACAUAUAACUGCAGUUUUGUACGCAAUGUAGCGUAAAUAUUUUAUGAAUAGCAAUUCGAAUGUGCCAAUGGCCGAUGACGUGGUGCUGAGUUUGAUCGAGCUAUCGUAACCCGCGGGCAGACCUCAGCCACGGGUGAAGUUAUUUCACGACAUAGACCCCGUCCGAGUUCAUCUCCCCCACGAGAUAUCGCUUGUCGUUCACGAAAGGAUUUGUACGAGAAGGGGGAUGGUGACGAGUACACUCAGUCGGGCGGUAAAAAUCGGCCUUCACUUUUACGGCAUUCGGCCAUAUUUACCGACCACCGUAUUGUUUCGAUUGUAUUGGAUCAUGGCGCUAAGUACGGCUCAAGUCUUUCAAUAUCGAUACGUGAUCGUAAACAUUGAUACGGAUGACUUCUCCGAGUACAUGGAUGGAGUAAGUAGUGCGAUGGCCUCCUCGUUGCUCUUCAUCAAACUCGCCAUAUUGUGGAGCAAUCAACGAACAUUUCAAAAGAUAUUACAAAUGAUGGACGCCGACUGGAGGAAUUACACUUCAAACCACUUCGGCUUAAAUCUGAUGACGAAAACAGCCUAUGUCGCACAUCGCGCCUCAAGGUUGAUCAUCGGCCUGCAAGUUGUCGCUGUGUUUUUCUACACUUAUGGAGUGCUCGCUGCUAACGCAGGUGAUCCCAACAGAUGGGAGCCGUACGCGCGAGAACUCAUUCUAAAAAUGGAUUUUCCGUUCAAUAUCAGCACAAAUUCGCUUUAUUUGAGCAUUACGAUCGUGCAGUUUGUUCAUCUAAUGCUAGUCGCCUGCGGUAUCACUGUUAUCAAUUCGCUCCUUGUCACUCUGAUACUGCACGACUGUGGGCAAAUUGAUAUUCUUUGCGAAUGGCUCACGAAAAUGUUCUCCAGGGAUACGUCACAGUGUAAUACAGAAGAGUUCACAACGCGCUCGGUAGUCAUCAAACACCAGCGAAUCAUCGAAUUUUCGGACAACAUCGAGAAUGUUUAUACGUAUAUCGCAAUGAUGAUACUGCUGUCGGACACUUUGAUCACGUGUUGCUUAGGAUUCAUCAUCGUUACCUCGAUUGGCACGCCCAACGGUGGAGCGAUUCUGGUGAAGUCUGUGUUGUUUUACAUCACGAUGAAUCUUGAAGUCUUCAUAUACUGCUUCGCCGGGGAACAUCUGAGCGCCAAGAGUAGAAAAAUCACGGACGCGGCCUACGAUUCCCUCUGGUACAACACUCCAAGCAAAUACAAGUAUGUGAUGUUGUUCAUCAUAUUGAAAGCGCAAAGGCGAUUGACGAUCACGAGCGGCAAAAUCAUGGACCUUUCCUUGGAACGUUUCACUAGCGUCGUAAAGGCAUCGGCGUCAUACAUAUCGGUGUUACUGGCAAUGUACUGAAGAUAGACAAAGUAUUAAUACUGGUUGUUAAAAUAGCAUUGUAUGGGCAGU